GAGACCGCACCCAGAAAAGAAAUGCCUAAUGACUGUGCCAAAUUCAAUCAGCCCAUUUCUGACAAGAAGGAAAUAAAACUAUAUUCCUCUCUGGUCUCUUUCCUGCACUAGAAGCCAUGGCUGCUGCAAAUCCAGCAAAAACUCUCCAGGAUGAACUGACCUGUUCCAUCUGUCUGGAGUAUUUUAAAGAUCCGGUGUCUCUAGACUGUGAUCACAGUUUCUGCCGAGCCUGCAUCACCCCGUGCUGGGAGGGAUUUGAUACAGACGUCUCCUGCCCUCAGUGCAGAGAGAUCUUUCCCCAGAGGAACCUCAGGCUGAACAGGCAGCUCAGGACUAUUGUGGAAGCAGCCAGAGAACUCAGGUUGCAGACAGGGAGGGAACCAGAACCAGAGAGACUGUGUGAGAAACACAAGGAGCCUCUAAAACUGUUCUGCAAAGAGGAUGAAAUCCCCAUCUGCCUGGUGUGUGACAGAUCCAAGCAGCACAGAGAUCACACCGUCAUUCCUGCAGAGGAAGCUGCUGAAGAAUUCAAGGAAAAAAUUCAGGCCCAUUUGCAGACUCUGAGGGAAGAGAGAGAAAAGCUGCUGGGAUGUAAAGUGAGCAGAGAGAAGAGAAGCCAGGAAUAUCUGAGAAAGACACAAACCGAGAGGCAGAAUAUUGUGUCUGAAUUUCAGCAAUUGCGGCAGUUCCUGGAGGAACAAGAGCGACUCCUGCUGUCCCAGCUGGAGAAGCUGGAUGAGGAGAUUGAGGAAAUACAGAAUGAAAAUGCCACUAAACUCUCCGAGCAGAUUUCCUGUCUCAGUGAGCUGAUCAGUGAGCUGGAGGGGAAGUGUCAAAAGCCAGCGAGUGAAUUCCUGCAGGAUGUCAGAAGCACCCUGAGCAGGUGUGAGAAAGGGAAGUUCCAGCAGCCACUGGAGAUUUCUCCUAAACAGAAUAAGAGACUCAGUGAUUUCUCCCAGAAAACUGUUGCUCUAAUGGAGACUCUGAGGAAGUUCAAAGACACUCUGCCGUUUGCACUGGAGACAAGAAGAGGGGAAUCCCUAGGAACAUUCAGACAGGCAAAUGUGACUCUGGAUCCAGACACGGCUCAUCCAGAACUCGUCCUGUCUGAGGACUGGAAAAGUGUGAGACGGGGAAACACAGGGCAGGAUCUGCCCAAGAACCUUGAGAGAUUUGACACUGAGCCCUGUGUGCUGGGCUGGGAGGGAUUCACCUCUGGGAGACACUGCUGGGAGGUGGAGGUGGUUGCUGGGCGAUGCUGGGCUGUGGGGGUGGCCAGAGAGUCUGUGAGGAGAAAGGGACAGAUCAGUCGUAGCCCUGAGGGGGGGAUCUGGGCUGUGGGGCAGUGGGGGAGUCACUUCCAAGCACUCACUUCCCCUGUGACCCCCCUGCCCCUGAGCCGGUUCCCCAGCAGGAUCUGGGUUUGUCUGGACUGUGACCGGGGGCAGGUAACAUUUAUCAAUGCUGAUGAUGGGGCCCCGAUCUUCACUUUCCUGCUGGGGUCUGUUCCCGGGGAGAGAAUCCAACCCUGGCUCCAGGUGCUGGGACCAGGAUCUGGGCUCAGAUUGUGUGCCUGAGACAGGGCGGGGGCAUCGAAAUAAACCUAGGUAUCCUGAAAUCAGCCCCUCAAACUUCAGAAACCAUAUUCUCUAUGACCCUGGAGGACUCCUGUCUUCCUGCAGACUUUCUACUGUACAGUCUCUAUGACUCUGUGUGCUCAGUGUGGGGGGGGUGGGGACGGUCUCUGGGGACUGUCAAACCAUAGAGAGCAGGAAGUGAUUGAAAUGGAGAAGCCAAUCUCACUACUCCAGGGAUUGUGCAGCCUGUUAGUCACUGUCCUCUAUGGUCCAGGAGGACUCGGGAUCCUCGAGUCAAUGAGACAAUGGAGAGGGGGAGGGGAGAAACAGCCAUGAAUAUAUGGGCUUUUCUAGCCACAGUCAUCGUAAUCUCUAAGAUGCUGGAGGACUCCCAUCUACCCAGCCUCUGGCCCAGUCUCAGUGUCACCAGGAAGCUCCUCCCCCUGCUCUCCCUGUAGCACCAGCGAUGGGAGGGGGUGGUGGGAAGAGCCCCUGGAGCUGCAGGAGAAGCAGAGGGGCCCUGACGGGCAGAGGUGGGGGCUGCAGGGUCAGAACUGAAGGAGGGGCUGGGGGCAGAAGUGAUGUGGGGUUUGGGGGUAGAAUUAACAGCUGGGCUGGGGACAGGCAGAGGUGAGGGCUGGGCAGGGGGGUAGUACUCACACCUGAGCUGGGGACAGGCAGAUUUUGGGGUGCCAGGGACACAGAAUUAAUUAAUUCUAAUUUGAGGCCUUGGGGGAAGCUCGAGGCUCAGCACCAGCCAGGAGCCUUGGAGAGGGAGACCCAGGCCCUGGAGAAUAUGACCUACAGGCCACCAGGGAAGAGAUGCUCCGGGAGGAAAGGAGUUGUGGAGUGGGGAGAUGUCAGCUGGAUGAAGAAGAGGUGGCUGUGGGGAGGGGAGUCAGGUACAGGGCAGGUUUAACCAGAAGGGAGAGAAGAAAUGAAAUGGGAGAAGGUGAAAAUAAAGUAAAACAAGAGUAAGGAGAGAAGACUGGGGAAAAUGGGGAGUGGGGGGGAUGGGACGGACUGAAAUGAGAAGCCUGAAAGCAAAACAAUCCUGAGAAGGAAAAACCUCAGCGGGCAUGGACAGGGGAGGUGAUAAAUUCAGCAGAGAGAACUGGGCACCUGCGUUGAAAUGAUCAGUGACAUGGAUUAGAGAAGAGUUAGGGAGACUCAGAGAAAUAAACAGAUGGGAAAUGAGUGCUAAAUAAAACGCUGUGUAAAACUGGAUGAAAUGAAAAAAAAAGUGAAAAAGAAAGAGAACAUGAGAGGGAGAUGGAGAUCUAUAAAAUGUUUCUGAAAGUGAAACUAUAACAUUAAUUCCACCCCAUAGUUAAUUCCACCCCAUCUACUUAGGUACCUUUCAGGGCAAAACACUUCACAUUUGUGGAUGUUUUUACCAUGUGUUCUGGUUAUGAAUGUUCCCACUCCGCUCCUUUUAAGCCUGAUAUUUACUUAAAGUAAAUGAAAUAUAUAAAAAGCAACAGAGGGUCCUGUGGCACCUUUAAGACUAACAGAAGUAUU